AUGGCCCCGAUCACCCUGCCGCCGUCGUUCUACAACUCGUUCUGGUCCCCAGACUACAGGACCGGUCUCGACGUCCUCUUCCGCCAGCUCGAGGCUGGAUCCAUCGAGAACAAGGAUGUCGCGUCCUUCAUCGAGUGCUUCGCGCGCACGACGCACGCUUCCCUCGCCGAUCGUGACCAUUGCGAAUCUAUUCGUGGUCCAUUUCGCGCAGCCCGCACUCCGCUUCGCUCCGUGCUCGCCGCUAACACCCAGUCACAAGCCCGGGCGCACCACCAGCUCUCGGCGACGCUGAUGGAGCCGCCUCUGGGCGCGAACCGCCAGUCGACGUCGAGUCUGCAGCACACGCUCCUGACGCUGCGCGGCGGCAGCAGCGCACGCGGCGACGCACACCGCGCGCUCGCGAUCGAGCUCGAGGAGAAGAUCCUCGUCCCCUUCAACGUGUGGCGGUCGCGCCAUGACGAGCGCAUCGGCUCGUCCCGCGACGACAUGCUCGGCAAGAACGGCAGCGUUGCCGAGUGGGAGAAGAGCGCGCACCGGCUCAUGGGCCAAAACUACAUUGUGAAGAGCCGCGCGGCGGACGAUUCCGAGGACGACGCCAAGUUCGCGCCCGCCGUCAGCGCGCCCGCCGACUCGUACACGCCUUCGCCUACGAGGAACUCGACUGCGGCCGCGUCGCCCCUCCGCCGCUCUGGCACCGUUGCCGACCGUAUCAGCGAGAAGCUGCGCCAGGCCAGCGUGCCCUCGUCCCCGCUCAAGAGCAACCGCGACAGCGUCGAUGGAAGAAGUAGCUUGGGCUCGAUCCCCGAGAAGAAGGAGAAUGGCGCCAAGCAGCCGCCUCCCGCGCUCAAGCUCGACAACCUCGACAAGGCGCCUGCCGGCACCGAGUCGCCCGCGAGCCCCAAGGAGGACGCGUUCAUUCCCCCGACCGACCCGGACGGACAGCCGAUCAUGCAAUCGGACAUGCCGCCCCCGGUGCCCGGCAAGGAUGAGGCAGAGCUGCCGCCCCAGCCGCAAUCGCCUGUGCUGCUCUCGGGUCUCACGCUGUCGGCCAAGGACUUCCGCAACCUCCUCCUCCGCUUUGACCAAUACAUCCAGACGCACGCGGCAAUGGGCACGCAGAUCCAUGGCGACAUCAGCACUCGUGCGGCGCUCGCGAGCCGCCAGCGCAGCACCAUCAUCGGACAGUACGAGAGGACGUUUUCCGGCUUUGAGUUUGUCGACUGGCUCUCGCGCCACGUCGAGGGUUUCGGCGGCGAGUGGGACCGCUGCGUCGACGCUGCUGUCGAGUUGCACCGGAUGAACCACCUGAGCCGCUGCGGCGUCGGGCGCGGUUUCGAAGCGUCGGACGACACGUACUUCAUCCUCAAGAUUGACCCGCAGGACAACAUGGCGACGCUGCAGAACUCGCUGACAAGCUCGUUGAACAAUCUCAACAUGCCCAGCUACUCGACCAAGGACCUGUCGACGGCGAGCUCGAGCGCCAUGGCGUCUGCUUCUGCGCACAUCCCCGCGUACCUGAAAAACUACCUUCCCAGCUCGAUGGGCCACAGCGACGAGCCCGCCCACGUCCGGUUACGGCGAGAGGCCGGCAAGGCGGACAGCGCGUACCACGACGGGGUCCGGGAGACGGAGGCGCUGCGCCUCGAGCUCGAGGAGAAGAUUGAGCGUGGCUUGCGCGUGUGGGAGAAGUGGGAGCGGGAGCGUCUCGGCGUCGUCCGCGGCAUCCUGAAGCAGUACGAGGAGGCCCUCGCCAAGCUCCCCAAGCGUCUCGCCGAUCUGCAGGAGAGCGCGUCCCUCAGCGUCCAGGCGUUCAACCCCGAGGCAGACCUCAAGGCGCUGAUCGAGGGACACCGGACGGGUCCCUUCCGCCCCAGGCCGUACAUCUACGAGUCGGUCGAGAGUGACCUCCCCGACGUCAAUUUCGGUAUCGACCUGCGUCGCUGGUCGGGCGAGACGGCGUGGAAGUCGGUUGUCGCGCCCCCGCGCCCGAAGGACGCCAUCCCGGCCGUCCUCGAGGGUCUGCUCCAGGCCGCGACGGAACUCGGUGCCGCGCUCGACCCCGAGGAGCGCCGCCGUUCCUGGAUCUACGAGGUGCCGCUCGAGGAGCUCCACAUGCUGCGCGCAGCGGUUAACAGCCCGAUGCUGACUGCCGACGAGGUUGCGACGAUUGCGAAAAAGUUCAACUCGCCCAUCGUGUGCGGGACCGUCAAGCUGUGGCUCCUCGAGCUCAACCCGCCCGUCGUCGGCUGGGAGGGAUGGGAGGACGCCAAGGCCGUCUACCCCUCGAUCGGCGCGGACCUCGAGCGCGACACGAGCAGUGCGAUCAGCUCGGUGCUCGCCCGUCUCCCCGCGUCCCAGCUCUACACCCUCAACACGGUCAUCAAGUACUUCAAGGACACGAGCGCCGAGGCCGACAAGAUCUUCACGACCAAGCUCUCCUUAUCGACGGGCCGCUGCAUCCUGCGCCCGCAGUACGAGACGGAGCUCACGAUCCAGGACCGCACCCCCGGCCUCUUCCUGGCAGACAUGGUGGAGCACUACGACGACGUCUUCCCCGCCCUCCUCGAGAAGAAGAAGGCGCAGGCAGACCGCGUCAUGCCGUACCGCAAGCGCACGGCGCUGGUCGACCAGCGCAUUUCGCGCUCCGACCUGGCAAAGGACUUCGACCCGCAGGAACUCCUCGCGCAGCAGGCCAAGCGCGCCUCGCUCGGUAGUCCGACCAAGCCCACGGCGCCGGUCGUGACCACGCAGGUUGCCGAGCCGGAGGGUCUGGCCGCCUCCCCUGUCGAGCCAGAGUUCAAGACGCCCCUGGGCACGCCAGGCGAGAUCCUCCCCCGUCUCGCCGGCAAUGACCCUCCCGCCCGUGUCUGCAACUCCUGCCCCGGCCCCCGCCCCCGCUCCCGUCGCCGAGAAGACCGAAUCCCCCAUCGAGGCCACGAGCGGCCGCACCACGCCCUCCCGAAACACGAGGCGUCCCGUCUCCGCGGCCCCAAGGGCGCCCGAGGGCCUCGGCCUGCUCCUGGGCAUGGAAGCCAGAGGGGCAGCGUGAGCAAGAUUGCGGCGCAGUUUGAGAAUGGAGGAAAGUAG